AUGCAGACCGUGAGGAGCAGCCGCCUGCGUGUGCAGCGCGUCCAGGCAGUGGCUGUGCCGUCCAAGCCGCCCACCUCGCGCCUGGCCAAGCGGAGCAAGGUGGAGAUCAUUAAGGAGCAGAGCGACUACUUGCGCCACCCCCUGAUGGAGGAGCUCGUGGACGACAAGACCUUCAUCAAUGAGGAGGCCAUGCAGCUGAUGAAGUUCCACGGCAGCUACAUGCAGGACCAACGCGAGAAGCGCGCGUUUGGUCAGGGCAAGUUUUACCAGUUCAUGAUGCGCACGCGCCAGCCCAGCGGCCUGGUCACCAACAGGCUGUACCUGGUGAUGGACGAUCUGGCCGACAAGUACGGCAACGGCACCCUGCGCCUGACGACGCGCCAGGCCUACCAGCUUCACGGUGUCCUCAAGACUGACCUCAAGACUGUCUUCUCCACCGUGAUCAAGAACAUGGGCUCCACCCUGGGCGCGUGCGGCGACGUGAACCGCAACGUGAUGGGCCCUGCGGCGCCCUAUGUGAACCGCCCGGAGUACGUGCUGGCGCAGCAGUACGCCAACGACUUUGCGGACCUGCUGGCGCCGCAGAGCGGCGCGUACUACGACAUCUGGCUCGACGGCGAGAAGUUUGUCACUCAGUACACCGAGAACCCCAAGGUCACCGCUGACCGCGCGUUCAACGGCUUCGGCACCAACUUUGAGAACAGCCCCGAGCCGAUCUACGGCACCCAGUUCCUGCCGCGCAAGUUCAAGAUCGCGGUGACCGUCCCGGGUGACAACAGCGUCGACAUCUUCACCAACGACAUCGGCGUGGUGGUGAUCACUGAUGCCAAGGGGGAGCUGCAGGGCUUCGACAUCCUGGUCGGCGGCGGCAUGGGCCGCAGCCACCGCAACGACGACACGUUCCCCCGCCUGGCGGACCCCCUGGGCUACGUUGACAAGGACGACAUCUUCCACGCCAUCAAGGCCAUCGUGGCCACCCAGCCCACAGCGGGGAUGCGUGCCAGCACGGCAGGGGUGUGUUUUGGCGCGCGUCAUGCCUACAGUCGCCGCCCUGCGACGGCCGCGCGGGGUGGCAGGCCUGGGUGUUGCCGCGCCGGUUGA